CUCCCACACACACAGGAAGCAGGUGGCCUUGUCACCAGCAGGGUGAUAUCCGCUAUUGCUUGCUUCUCUACUCCCCCACUGUUCCUCAGGACUUCUCUGGACCAAAGCCUUUUGCCAGACCCCUUCUAGCCCCUACCCACCAUGGCCCCUUCAAGUGACAUCCUGUUCCUGCUUUUGCUCCCAGUGGCUGCGGCUCUGACAACCCCAGGUUCCUGUUCCGGAUGUGGGCCCCCCUCCCUGCCGAUGCUGGUAGGCCUCAUGGCCGCAGAUUUGGUGGUGUCGCUGCUGAUCGUUGCGGUGGUGUUUGUGUGUGCUUGCCCCCGCCACAGGCCCACCCAAGAUGACAAAAUCUACAUGAACAUGCCUGGCAGGGGCUGACCCCCUUGUAAGUGACACCUUUGACUUCUGACCCUCUCAUCCUGCAUUGUGUGUGGUGGCACAGGAUACCCACUCCCGACUUGGAUUGGAAUAAAGCAACUGAAAUACCUCUA